AUGGUCAACUUGUCGGUGCCCAGGAACUAUACCUUUUCGCCCUCCGACGGUACACCCCAUCUCACCAUCAAUCACGAUGUCGCCGCCGACUUGGACUCGACCAACGCCUUUGAAGGCCCCGAGAAGCUUCUCGAAGUCUGGUUCGCCCCGAGCGCCGAUGCCCUGCCCGUAACGGCCGGCCCCGACGGCUUGAAGGGCGUCCCUUCGGAGACGUGGGUUGGCAUGCUGGACAUGGUCAACUGCAAGAUCCUCUCGGUUCUCGAGUCCGACUCGGUCGAUGCCUACCUCCUUUCCGAAUCAAGCAUGUUCGUCUUCCCCCACAAGCUCAUCCUGAAGACUUGCGGCACCACGACGCUCCUCCUCGGCCUCCAGCGCCUGCUCCACAUUGCCGCCGCCGAUGCCGGCUUCCCCUUCAGCAACGCACCGUCGGUCGACGACAUUCGGGCGGCCGCCACUCCCUACCGCGUCUUCUACAGCCGGAAGAACUUUCUGUUCCCCGACCAGCAGCGCGGGCCCCACCGCAGCUGGAAGCAGGAGGUCAAGUACCUCGACGACAUGCUCGAGGGCGGCGGAAGCGCCUACAUGGUGGGCAAGAUGAACGGAGACCACUGGUAUCUCUACAUCACCUCACCCAAGCAGACGCUCACGCCUCCCCUGACGCCCGAGUCCGAGGUCAACGGCCAGCCGACUCCGGACGACUCUGUCAUGUCCACGGGCGCCAGCACCCCGGGCGCCAACCACAACGACGAGACGCUCGAGAUCCUCAUGACGGACCUCGAUCCCGAGAACGCCAAGCAAUUUUACUUGUCGCACGCGAGUGCGGUCGCCAGCGACAGGCUUGCUGCGGAGGCUGGCGAGGCUCGCCGGGAGGCCGUCGACAGCCUCAGCGGCCUCGCCACUCCCCUCGACGAGGUGGACGUGUUUGACAACGGCGGCGGCGAUGACCUCGACGCCGCCAAGCUCGGCGCCAUCGAGGAGCUCACCACCGAGGGUCAUGCCCUCGGCACUGUCGUUUCGAAGAACUGCGGCUUGUCCGACGUCUACCCGGCUUCGGUCUACCCCGAUGCUCGCGUCGACGCCUACCUCUUCAGCCCUUGCGGCUUCUCCGCGAACGGCGUCAUUCCGGCACCGCCCACGGCUCAGGUCGACAAGACCAACUCGACGCACUACUUUACCGUCCACGUCACGCCCGAGCCGGGCUUCUCGUUCGCGUCGUUUGAGACCAACGUGCCUAGCGGGCAGACGGGUCGCACGACGGCGGAAAUCAUCGAGCAUGUCGUCGGCAUCUUCCGCCCGGGCCGCUUCAGCGUGACCCUCUUCGAGGCCAAGGGCCCCGGCGCCAACCCGUACGGCAUGGGGGACGGCAACUUUAAGAGCCUCGCCAUGCAACGGCUCGUCGAUCCCGUCCGGGGCUACAAGCGCAUCGACCGCAUCGUGCACGAUUUUGACGACUACGAUCUGGUAUUCCGCUUCUAUGAGCGCGAGGAUUGGUCCGGAGGCAAGGCGGCUCGCGUGGGAGAAGUUAUGUGA